AGUAUCCAAGAACCACCACCAUGGGCGAUUUAUCCCUCGAUAUGCAUCCAACGACGGCCGUCGACCGGUUCCUACAAGUUCAGGAGCUGAUGUCUAUGGUGUGCGAGAUUCUUGCCGAUGACGCUGAGAGAGGAGCCCUCUACAGUCUCGCUAGGACGCACUGGUGCAUCCAUCAUGCGGCCAUUCAAUGUUUGUGGAGGGACAUUCCGGGUUUGUCGGCCCUCAUUGGACUGUUCCCCGAGGGCUGUUUCCGGCCCUCUAAGCAAACUGACGCGUUAUUGACAAUUGCACGCCCUGAAUAUAUUGAAAUUGGGAUGGAGCGAGUCAGGCGAUACGCUCCCUUCGUCAAGGCCAUCGGCUACGACCCUGAGGAUGGGGACAUCAAACGUGCAUUGGCAUGGACGGCCCUCCACGCGCUCGCAGAGUACAAGUCAACCACACUUCCAUUGUUCCCCAACGUCGAGCGCGUGACGAUUCCCUUGCUCGUACACCACCCAGCCAUCACCGUCUUUUACACCCCCCUCGUCCUCGCCCCAUCAGUCCGCUCGAUCACCAUCCUUGCCCAAGUAUUUCUUGAGCACGGGGUGGAUACCUUUCCCGAUGUUGCAGAAUGCAUGAUCACUAGCGAGGCAUUGGCAGACAGACUGGUUGAGGCUUCUGGGAGCCUGACCGAGCUCAGGAUCGAGGCGACGCCAGGAUCGUGGUACCUUCAUGUCCAUUUGCCCAUCAGGGGACUCAACAGUCUACUUACUCGCAUGCCAGCCAUUUCGACGCUGAGGACCCUCGACAUCACGCAUCUCGAUAUUGAGAGUGGCACCUUGGAGAAGCUCAGCGAACUCCAGGGGUUGGAGCAUCUCAGCCUCUUGCUGAGCGAAUCCUCGGAGCUUUACGAGGAUCCUUCGACGCAGUGGACCUUUCCAGCGCUCUUGGAAAUAACCCUCUCAUCUACAGCACACGACCACCUGGAAGCGUGCGAAUCGUUCCUCAAGAAAUUCUGCGCCCCCAGGUUGACCAGCUUCACUCUACGCCAACGAUUUCAUGGGCACGACGUUACGUUCGAUGAUACCGUGUUUACUCCCCUGUCCCACUGCACGAAUCCCAACAACAUCACUUCCAUCGUCAUCAAAGAGCUAGGGGUAUACUAUCGCGUUGACCCAGAAGACGAGCCCUUUAAUGAGCGGGCGUUUAAUUUGGACCUUGAAAGCCUGUCGGCCUUCAACAACCUGCGGAACCUAGAAAUAUCGCCUUUCACUGCAGCCGAGCUGGAAGACUCCGCCCUUACGAACGCCCUCAGUAAUUGGCAACAGCUGGAACGACUCGUCCUCAAGUACGACAUCCCAUCGGAAACGACGGACUCGAAUCUUACGCUAGAAGGAGUGCACGCAGCCGUACAACUGUGCCCCAAUCUCUCGCAUCUCACUCUCCCUUGUCUCGCGGAAAAGGUCCCUACCACCGUCCCUACACCCCACCCGUCGCUGGUGUACUGGAACGUUUGUACGUCCACCAUAUCGUCUGGACGGAACGUUGCCGCCUGGUUACAGAAGGCCUUUCCUUCCUUGCGCCAUGUGGACUCUUUUGAAUCUGUGCACAAGUAUAUGAUGACUUGGAAUCGGGGCGGGGAGGUUGAUUGUGGGGAAUGGGCGCAAUCUGCUCAGAUUUUUGUGAUGGUGUCGCUGUGGAACGAAGUCGCGGCCAUUUUACAGUCGCCCCUUGAGGAUUGGGGUUCUGACGGCGACAAAGACUGGCCGGUGGAGGUCAUCGGCGAAGAGGUCGACUACUGGGGUAAAGUUCGCCACGAGGUGGCCUGGGACGGUUGGAACCGCAAAGAUGGCACCAACACAACCUGGAAGGAAGAGUACGUCGAUAAACGUCAAGCAAGAUUUAUCUCAGACUGGGACAGGCGUCAAAAAACCCGUAGACGCAAUCUCGCCGAGGAGGAUGAGUAUUGCAGUAUCGAGGUCCAUACUGGGCUCGACAUCCACAACACAGAGACACGACUGCGUGCCCAAGCCUACGAAGAGAAACUCGCCAUCGCCAAAAAGUACCCGUGCAACUGGGCCAAGGAAAGGGUCAAAAUCAUACAGGAGAGGGAGGAAUCGUUGGGCAUGUCAAAGCGAAAACGGUCUCCGGAAGGCCAUUCAGAGUCCAGAAAGCUUCGAGAAACUGCGGAGAGGCGAAAACAUCGCGAAUCCUCUGUUUCACACUCAGUUACUUCCUCCAGUCGCGCGCCUUCUUCGUCCCAAGCGCCCGUGUCUUCAGCUUCUACAUCCACGUCCACGUCCCGCAGUGCUACCGUCACUUCAGCAUCAUCCCCCACCCCGACAUUACUUGCGACGCGAGCAUCCAGCAAGCUACGUACCAGCCCCUCCGAAUCUCUCUCGUCACUGUGGUCACAGGAAGUCCCUCUCCCUCAGCGCUGGUCGAAACCGCCCCUGAGUGAGAAGGCUAGAGGCAAACAACCCGUGAAAGAAACCUUUCCUUCCCCGAAACUGAACAGGGCCUAUGUCGAAAUUUGUAGCCCGAAACACAUUCAAGCACAGCUGCGGCGCAAGUCGAAACGUCAACUUCUUUCAGAAGAGUGGUCCGAAAAGGCUGGGUUCUCGAUCACGUUCGUCAAUGAAGUGGACGACGAGGAAAUCCCCUCCCUCCCAGCUGGCUUCGAGUAUCGGGAGCAAGGAUACAAAUUCUCGGACGACAUUGAAAAGCCAGGGCCAGACUGGUUUACGACUUGCGAAUGCGAGCGGAAUUGCAAGUCUCCACAUGCAUGUAACCAUCGAACAUACGUAUUGGAUGAAGAGGAGAACAAGAUUUUCGCUUACGACAGUAAAGGAUUAUUCCGGUUUGACCGCAUUCCACGUGGAACGGAGGUCAUAGAAUGCAACGAGGUCAGCAAGAGAAGUUCUCUGUCUGAAAAGGGUGCUCACUUGUUUGCGCAGCGCUGCCCUUGCGACGACUCCUGUCGAAAUCGAGUGGUACAGCGACCAAAGACCCAGCCUAUCGUGAUUUUCAAGACGAAGAAGUGCGGCUGGGGUGUACGCUCGACGAAAAAUGUUCGCCGAGGUCAGGUUCUCGGGACCUACACUGGUUGUUCCUUCCUUAACCCCGUCCCUGAACACAGAACCCGAGAACGAGCCAAUGAGGAAGAGCUUGUUAAUUACUGUUUCGACCUCGAUGGCCAUGAAUUAUUUGAUGAAACGAGCGACGACGAGGGGGCUGGCUACACUGUCGAUUCGUGGAAAGAUGGUAAUUGGACGAGAUUUAUUAAAGGUCAGUGUCUCGCACUAAGUGGAUUCAUCCCUUCUAACGUCGCUUCGGCCUUCCUGCUGCAGACCGGCAUGUAUUACGUUGCUUUCGUCGCCAACCAGGAUAUCCCAGCGGGCACAGAAUUUACGUUCGAUUACAACCCGCUACGCGCGUCUCAGCAGCCCAGCAGCCCCCAGUCCUCCCCCUACACAGGCUCGCAGCCGAGGACCAACAUCGUUAAGUGCCGCUGUGGGAGUCCGCAAUGCCGGGGUACCAUCUAG